AUGUCAACUGUUUUAUAUACUUCCAAAAAGUUCAUCCUUCUUUCUUUACCUCAAAAUGCCAAACCAGCAAAGAGUAAUGAGUCAGAUUUAAAUACUUGGUUGGUAAGAGAUAUGGUUGGUGGCAGGGCUUUUGUUUCUGAGUUUCCAAUCCCAGAGUUUAAACUUGGGUCUUUGGAGAGUCUUGUAUUACAGUCUGAAGAGCUUGCUAAGAUUGAUUCAAAUAUCAAUGGAUCUAUUUCGAAGAUAGUGGAAAUCUUAGCGACGUUAACGGAAUCGCAGAGUAAUGCUUAUGGUACGAUUUCUAUUAAUAAUAUUCCAAUUCAGGAAUACUUGAAUGACUUUCAUUGGCACAACAGAAAAUUCAAAUUGGACAAGAGUAUCAAGGAGUUGAUUAGUGAGAUUUCCAACGAAUGUUUCCAACUGGAUGCUGAUGUUAGGAGCACAUACACGAACUACAAUAAUGCGAAAACAAAUUUAGUUGCUGCAGAAAGAAAAAAGACUGGUGAUUUGUCUGUGAGUUCUUUGCAUGACAUUGUUACUGCAGAAGACUUCAUUACUAACAGCGAGUAUUUGACAACAGUAUUGGUCGUUGUGCCAAGGAACUUGCAGGACGAAUUUGAAAACAGUUACGAAACAUUGACCAAAAACGUUGUUCCAAGUUCCGCUGGCAUUUUGAAGCAAGACGAUGAAUACAUCCUAUAUAACGUUCACCUGUUCAAGAAAUAUGCGAACGCAUUUAUGAACGCAUGCAGGGAUAGAAAGUUCAUUCCUCGUGAAUUCAACUACUCUGAAGAACUCGUGGAGCAACUAAAGAGUGAGCAUGCUUACGCAGCCAGCCAAGAGCAGUCUCAACGAGUACAACUUAUCAGGUUGACGAAGACUGCAUAUGCAGACGUACUGGUGAACUGGUUUCAUAUAAAGGCCCUCCGUGUCUUCGUAGAGAGUGUCCUGCGUUACGGUGUCCCUCCACACUUUCUUACAAAGAUUAUCACCGUCCCAGACAAGGAUUUUAAACAAUGUAAGUCUGAGUUACUUGAACAAUUCGGUUACUUAGGUGGGAAUGCCUUUUCAAAAGAUAAAAAAGGUAAGAUUAAGCGUAAUGAUUCUACCUUACAUGAAUACGCAUCUUUAGUGGACACUGAUUAUGAACCCUUUGUAAUCUAUGAAAUGGAGUUAUAA